ACCUGGUCGUUGUAGGACACGCCCGGUCGACCUAUAUACGCGUGACACCUAUAGACAUACACAUAAAACUGAGUUUUUACAUUAAAUACAACAUUGAGAGCGUUUGAAUUGAAAGCGUUGCAACUUCAGGAAACCUCGGAGAUUUGAAAGCUAAUCACGAAAGAACACAAAGGGAUUGAAUAAGGAGGAAGAGGAGGUUAGCAACAACGACGACGGCGGAUCUGGUGUUUUUAUUUCUACUUCCUAUUUAACCCAGACAACUUUAAUGGAUUACAUGGACAGUGGUCUGAGGUACACUCCCACCCAGGACAAAGACUGGGACGCUGACGUUCAGUUCCUGCCGGCGUCGGACAACAAAAAGCUCGAGAAGAAGAAAGGACCGGGCAAGGUGGGCGCGGUCAUCGGAGUGCUCGUCUUAUGCGCCGUCAUAGUGUUGAUGGCGGGCUUGUUGGUCUGGCAUUUCCAUUACCGUAAAGACGUGCGCGUAAAGAAGAUGUACAGCGGCUCUAUGAGGAUCACCAACCAGGUGUUCGACAACGCCUACGAGAACACCAACAGUUCCGAGUUCAAGGCUCUGGCCAAACAGGUUAAGACGCAGCUCAAAAUGCUCUACAGCAAAAGUCCACAGCUGUCCAAAUACUAUGUGGGCUCCACCGUUCAGGCUUUCAGCGAGGGUAGCGUGAUCGCUUACUACAUUUCUGAGUUCAGCGUUCCCAGCGGCCAGGAGUCGGCGGUGGACCACGCCAUGUCCACAAUGGAUAAACUGGUGGAGAAAGAGCAGCGCAGCAUCUACAGGCCGGGAAACUCUUUGCUGCUGGAGGACGUCAUAUCAUCGGAACUUGAUUCCCGGUUGUUUUCUACGGAAUUCAGGAAAUUUUUUAGGUUUUCCGAGCACACCAGGACGAAUCACAUCGGGCAGAUAAGGUCCCCGGGCUUCCCCGACAGCCCGUACCCACCCAACACCUUCAUGCAGUGGCAGGUUCGGGCCGACCCAGGCUACGUCAUCAAGCUGGACUUCGACACCAUGAACUUGGAGGAGAACUGCAGGAACGACUUCGUCAAGAUCUACGACUCCCUGGUGGCCAUAGAAACCAGCGUCGUGCAGGAGAUGUGUGGCUACUACGCCCCCAGCGAGCCUUUAGCUUUCCUAUCAUCAGGCAAUGUGAUGCUGGUCACUAUGGCGACCAACCAAGAGAAAAACUACCCGGGCUUCCGAGCGCAAGUGUCGCAGGUGCGACGCGGCAGCACCAAUACAAGGUGCGGCGGACGGCUGACGGGCAACGUGGGAAGUUUUACUUCUCCCAACUUUCCUAAUUAUUACCCACCUCGGACUUCCUGCGAGUGGACCAUUGAGGUCCCUGCUGGAAAGUCGGUGAAGGUGACUUUCAAAAAGUUCCUUAUGGACGAACCGGGCCAGGGUGGAAGCAAAGGCUGCCGCAAGGACUACGUUCAGAUCAACGGGAAGAAAUUUUGCGGGGAUCAUGAAGACAACUCUGUCACGGAGACUAGCAGCACCAAUCAAAUGACUGUUCAGUUUUACUCCGACGGAUCUUACGUGGACCGAGGCUUCAACGCGACGUUUGAGGCGGUUGACAGUGCCGAUCCGUGCCCCAAGCAGUUCCAGUGCAAGAACCAACGUUGCAUCAAGUCUGAACUCAAGUGCGACGGCUGGAACGACUGCGGAGACAUGACCGACGAGUUCAACUGCAAGUGCAGCUCCAAUCAUAUCCACUGUAAGAACGGGCUUUGCAAGCCCAUGUUCUGGAAGUGCGACAGUGUGGACGACUGCGGUGAUGGUACCGACGAGGAGGGCUGUGGCGCCUGCGCUAAAGGACAGUUCAGCUGCAAGAACGGCAACUGCGCUUCGGAGAAGAAACGCUGUGACGGAAGAGACGACUGCGGCGACGGUUCCGAUGAGCUCGAUUGCGGAAGAGGCACGGGUUCUAGUUCCGGUUCUGUGGCGUGCACCGACCUGACAUUCAAAUGCAACAACAACAAAUGUAUCAGCAAAGUAAACCCGGAAUGUGACGGCGACCAAGACUGCGAGGAUGGCUCUGAUGAGAUCAACUGCGAUUGCGGCCGCAGCAAGUUCAAGUCGACGCGAAUUGUCGGCGGUCAGGACGCCGAAGCGGGCGAAUUCCCGUGGCAGGUCAGCCUGCAAACCAAGCGUUUCGGACACCUUUGCGGCGCCAGCCUCAUCAGUCCCGGCUGGCUGGUCACCGCCGCCCACUGCGUGCAGGACGACGGCAGGAACAAGUUCCACCAGCCUGACACUUGGUUCGCGUACAUGGGCCUCCACACGCAGCGCAACAUCGGCAACACAGUGGAGAAGAGGAAUAUCAAGCGCAUCAUCCCGCACCCCAACUACAAUGACUACACCUUCGACAACGACAUCGCCCUGAUGGAGCUGGAGAGUCCCGUGGCGUACAGCGACUUCAUCCAACCCAUCUGCCUGCCAGCCGCGCAGCACGACUUCCCCGUCGGGUCCACCGUCACCAUCACUGGCUGGGGCGCUCAGCGGGAGGGAGGAACGGCGGCCACGGUAUUGCAAAAAGCGCAGGUGCGCACGAUAAACUACACAGUGUGUGACAAACUGCUGGGUGGUCAGCUGACCACCAGGAUGAUGUGUGCCGGUAUUCUGGCUGGAGGAGUCGACGCGUGCCAGGGGGACUCCGGCGGGCCUCUCACCAUCCCAUCCGGCAUCCGCAAUUUCCUCGGGGGCGUGGUCAGCUGGGGUGACGGUUGCGCCCGCCGAAAUAAGCCGGGCGUUUACACGACUGUCACCAAAUUUCGCGGAUGGAUCAAACAGAACACGGGCGUGUAAGAACAAAAAAAUUAGUGGCGGCACUUCGGGGCCGCGGACAUGAACACGAACUGAGACACGCCGGUGUUUGGAUUCUUGACGUACCGGAAGACGCCGACAAUGCGACAAUUCAUCGCAUGAAGAGCAAAUACAGCACUGUUUCGUGUCUACUGUGAUUUUAACCUAGGCCGCUUGAGAUGUUGUAAAUAUAUUUUAUGUGUUUUUAGCAUGUUUGGUUUUCAGGAUACACUCAAACUGGUUUUUAAAUAGAUGAAUUCAUCCUACCUCCAUUAUCGGGAUCCUGGAAAAAUGUACUCAAACUUUGAAAAACGGUCAAAGAAUGAGUCAAUUAUUUGGGACAACCCGUACUUCAUAAACAAUAGGUAUCUUUAGUCAACCGACGUCCCUGAACGCAUCAUUUGUUAUGAAAUGUGAUCCGGGUUUAAUAUUAUUCUGCCAUUAAUAUCAGAAACAUAGAAGGUUUUAUUUUUAUUCAAUGUGUUGUAAUACAAGUACGACUAUUAUACUUCAGCUCCGUGGAUGUUUUGAUAGUUUUAAAUAAAAUGUU